CGUAGGCGCGACAAGCCAAUUAAGCUUUAAAGUUUCGGCAGCAUCCGCGUUCGCGGCGCGUUGUACCUGAAAUAGCGUGUUUGUUGACUGCCCGCACCAGCAGCCCACCAACUCCCGCACACUGACCGAUUGCCACCGCAACUGAGCACCACACGGCAUACAGGACUGAAUGGAGACUCCUUCUCGCCGGUAGAGACAACCCAGACCACCCACUAGCCCACAGUUACCGCCAAGUUCGAACGCAUUCGACCAAGGAGCCAUGGAGAACUACCAGAAACUCGAGAAGAUUGGCGAGGGCACAUACGGUGUCGUGUACAAAGCCCGCGACCUCUCCACGCCCGACCAGCGCAUCGUCGCCCUCAAGAAGAUCCGCCUCGAAGCCGAAGAUGAGGGCGUCCCCUCCACCGCCAUUCGCGAAAUCUCCCUUCUCAAAGAGAUGAACAACCCCAACAUCGUGCGCUUGUUGAAUAUCGUUCACGCCGACGGACACAAGUUGUACCUCGUCUUUGAGUUCCUCGAUUGCGACCUCAAGAAGUACAUGGAGGCGUUGCCUGUCAGUCAGGGAGGGCGCGGAAAGCCGUUGCCAGAGGGGGUCAUGGCUGGACGCUCUGGUCACCUCGGGCUGGAUGCGAAUAUGGUCAAGAAAUUCGCAUCCCAACUCCUGCAAGGCGUCUGCUACUGCCACUCCCACCGCGUCCUCCACCGCGACCUCAAACCCCAAAACCUCCUCAUCGACCGCGACGGCAACCUCAAACUCGCCGACUUCGGGCUCGCCCGCGCCUUCGGCGUGCCCCUGCGCACCUACACCCACGAAGUCGUCACGCUGUGGUAUCGCGCGCCCGAGAUCCUGCUCGGCGGCCGCCAGUACUCCACCGGCGUGGACAUGUGGUCCGUAGGCUGCAUCUUCGCCGAGAUGGCCACGCGCAAACCCCUCUUCCCAGGCGACAGCGAAAUCGACGAAAUCUUCAAGAUCUUCCGUGUGCUGGGCACGCCGACGGAGCAGGAUUGGCCGGGGGUCACCAGCUUCCCCGAUUUCAAGAGCAGCUUCCCCAAGUGGGAUCGGAAAGGGGAUGAUGGCUUGACGACGCCUGAUGGAGCCAAGGUGCUGGGCGACGAGGGGCUGGACUUGCUGGAGGCGCUGUUGGUGUAUGAUCCCGCGGGCAGGAUUUCCGCGAAGCAAGCCGUCAUCCACCCCUACUUCAUGGAGGGCAACAAGAUGAGGACGAAUGGCUAUCACUGAUGUCCGACGUUAAGACGACAAGGGCGACGAAGAGAUGGCUCGAACGACUGGCAAAGGGGUGAUGUGGCAGAAUCUUUCUCAGUAGAUGUCUCCUUUGUCAUGGCCUCCGAAAGGGCACGGGAGUUACGUUUGCAUUCAAGCUGGCUCGGAUAUCGGAAUCGAAAGGAGUUCUGGCGAGAAGAUCUGGGUAACUGGAGUUGAUUGAGCUGCAGAGCAA